AUGGAUAGCGCAACUGUUGGGCUCAAACUGGUUGUGCUAGCCCUUUCUGUGGCCAUUUGGGUUUCUGGCACCUGCAAUGCCGAUUUCACCCCGGCAGACAACUACCUCAUCAACUGCGGCUCCACGGUCGAUGCAACUGUCGACCAGAGGGUUUUCGUGGCUGACACUUCCGGGCCGGCCAUACUGACGACCCCCAACACUCAGAGCACUGCCGCGACCACCUCACCGAAUUCGGUCUCGGGGUUCGACAGCGCCAUGCUGUAUCAGACUGCUAGGAUAUUCGCCGCAGCAUCGUCCUAUGCCUUCAAGCUCAAGAGCCAUGGCCGGCAUUUUGUCCGCCUUCACUUCUUCCCAUUCAAAUACCAGAGUUAUGAUCUCACCACGGCAACCUUCAAGGUGUCCACACAGGACGUUGUGCUCCUUGACAAUUUCACUGCGCCCAGUAGUUCUUCGCCGGUGUUCAAGGAGUAUUCCCUGAACAUUACCAGGGACAUGCUCGUCCUGACAUUUGUGCCUCUUGGGAACAACACGCCGGCCUUCGUCAAUGCCAUCGAGGUCAUCUCUGUUCCUGAUGAUCUCAUAACUGAUUCAGCCCCUAAUCUGGACCCUGUCGGUCAGUAUCUCGGGCUGUCAACGCAGCCUUUGCAGACAUUCUACAGGAUCAACGUGGGGGGACCGAAGGUGACUCCUGAGAAUGACACGCUCUGGCGGACAUGGGUUACUGAUCAGAGCUCCUUCUUAAAUUCCACUCCCACUAUACGUCUCAAUUUCCCAGGAAAGCUGAAUUUCCAGAACGGAUUGGCAACAGAGGAGGAUGCGCCGGACAGUGUCUACAAUACUGUGAGGCGGUUGAAUAGUACUGGCUCCAUGUCCAAUAUGACAUGGCAAUUUGAUGUCGAUGGCCGUUCAAGCUAUCUCGUUCGGUUCCAUUUCUGUGACAUUGUGAGCAAGGCUCCCUAUCAGCUCUUGUUUGAUGUAUAUGUGGAUAGCUGGUCGGUGGUGAAAAAUCUAGAUCUCUCUGAUAAAGCAUUUGGCAUCUUGGCUGCGCCAUUUUACAUUGAUGCUGUCUUGCUAUCAAGUGAUCCAUCUGGUAAGCUCAGUGUCAGCAUUGGGCCUUCUGCCAUAAAGAGAGCAGUGCCGGAUGGUAUCCUCAAUGGCCUGGAGAUCAUGAAGAUGAACAUCAGUACAGGGUCUGUUUCCGUUGUGCAACCAUCACUAGGGGGAAAGAGUCAUCUCGGUGUCAUAUUGGGUUCCGUUCUCGGAGCUGUGGCUGCUGUCGGCAUUGCUAUUGUUGUCUGCAUCUUCUUCAGGAGAAAAAACAAGCCGCAUCCACCACCAACAAGUCGGCCCUCAAGUUCUUGGACACCCCUCAAUGGUCUUAGCUUCCUUACCACAGGCAGCCGAACCAGCCGGGCGACUCUUACAUCUGGAACUUCGGGUGACACGAGCUACCGAAUUCCUUUUGUUGUGCUGCAAGAUGCGACAAAUCACUUUGAUGAGCAGAUGGUCAUUGGAGUUGGAGGCUUUGGGAAGGUCUACAAAGCAGUGAUGCAGGAUGGAAGCAAACUCGCAGUAAAGCGGGGCAACCAGAAGUCUCACCAAGGGCUGAGGGAGUUCCGGACGGAGAUCGAACUGCUGUCAGGACUGCGACACCGUCAUCUCGUGUCUCUCAUUGGUUACUGUGAUGAACAUAAUGAGAUGAUCUUGGUGUAUGAAUACAUGGAGAAAGGAACUCUGAAGAGCCAUCUGUAUGGCGGUGAUAUGCCGCCUCUCAGCUGGAAGAAAAGACUGGAAAUCUGCAUUGGAGCAGCAAGAGGGCUCCACUACCUUCACACCGGUUUUGCCAAGUCAAUCAUACACCGUGACGUCAAGUCAGCAAACAUCCUCCUCGAUGAAAAUCUCUUGGCCAAGGUUUCUGAUUUUGGCCUGUCAAAGGUUGGGCCUGAAUUCGAUCAGACGCAUGUCAGCACAGCAGUGAAAGGGAGCUUCGGAUACCUUGAUCCUGAGUACUUCCGGAGACAGAAGCUGACUGACAAAUCAGAUGCGGUUAUCGACCCUACUCUUCCAAGGGACAUGAUUAACCUUGCGGAGUGGGCUAUCAAGUGGCAAAAGAGGGGAGAGCUUGAUCAGAUUGUUGACCAGCGCAUCGCUGGGACAGUCAGGCCUGAAGCACUGAGGAAGUUUGGAGAGACGGUGGAGAAAUGCCUUGCAGAGUAUGGUGUCGAGCGUCCUACCAUGGGGGAUGUGCUGUGGAACCUGGAGUUUGUGCUGCAGCUGCAGGAGGCAGGUCCAGACAUGUCCAACAUCGACAGUAUGAAUCAGAUCUCUGAACUCCCUUCAAAUGCAAACAGAGUAAGCUCCCUGGAUAUCAGCACUAUAGAUCAAGGCCGCAUGCCGAUCGAGUACUCCGACAUGUCAACAAGUAACGCCUUCUCACAGCUAAUCAAUGCAGAAGGAAGGUGA